UUUGACCUUUUGGCUCUGGUCGAUACGAUUCAUCCCCUCUCCCGUAUAAACUUUCUGUGCUCCUACCGUGCUCGUCUGAAACUUCACUUCUUAAUUAUUUUUUGCAAUAGGGAGGCACUGACGAUCGGAUUCCACAUCCCGCGAAGCCAUGAAAAUCGUGCGAAGAGACCUCGUGCCCGGAGGCUCUGGGAGCGUCAAGAUGGUUCCUGAGGAUCCUGAUGAUCUUUGGUUUGCCUAUAAUUUGAUUGCUAUAGGUGAUACUGUUGUGGCUGUUACUUUCAGGAAAAUUCUAAGAGAAAUGGCCUCUGGAGGAAGAGAAGCUGAGCGUAUCAGGCUGAAGUUGGAAAUAAAAGUCCAGGACGUGGAAUUAUGAUAAGAACGAUCAAUCUUGAGAAUUCGUGGAAAGAUAUAUUAGA